AUGUGUGGCCAUUGGACUAAUAACUGUGUGCGUUUCAGGGAUAUGAUCGAAAAUGCGAUUACUGAUGGUCGCCUUGCCUUCGAGGAAAAGGACAUGAAAGUGGAUACCGAUCCAUUCGUUGCUGAUACUGGUUGUGUGGAACCAGUAUCGAUGGCCAUCAACAUGGUUGAAAUCAAUGUCGAGGACGAUGAGAACAUUGAGCCCAUUUCAGAUGAGAAACUCGAAGAAUUGAUGGACGACUUUGCCAAAGAGGAGGAACCUAUCUACCCGAAAGAAGGGGAUAGUUUGGUUGAGUUUCUGUCGAAGAAGAAAGAGGCUGAUAAGGAGGUUAUGUUGUGUCCUCGAUGCAGUGCUGUCUUCGAUAGACUGGUUGUGUGGAACCAGUACCGAUGGCCAUCAACAUGGUUGAAAUCAAUGUCGAGGACGAUGAGAACAUUGAGCCCAUUUCAGAUGAGAAACUCGAAGAAUUGA